AUGGACAAUCUCAACUCACUGCAACAGGCUGGCUCUAUUCCUGGGGGUGGGCAGCCCUCUCCCGAGGAUGAGGCCAAGCGGAAGCAAGAGGAAGAGAUGCGACGGGGACUUCUGGCUACGAUAUUGGAUACGGAGGCUCGAGAACGAUUAUCCCGAAUCGCCCUGGUCAGCGCUGAGAGGUCACGGCAAAUUGAAGCCAUUCUCUUGAGAAUGGCCCAAUCAGGGCAGAUUCGCGGCCGCGUCACGGAGGCACAGCUAAUUGAUCUGCUAGAACAGAUGGAGGAGGCUCAGGGGAAGACGUCGGCCAAGCAAAGCAAGAUAUUGUAUCAACGAAGGAAAGACUUUGAUGAUGAUUUCGACAUAUAG